AACAUUCGCCCUCCUCCUACCAGCGCGCGGGCGGCGGCGGCGGCGGCACCGGGGUCACGAACUCUGACCUUUCACUGACAAAAACAAUAACAAACCCCCCCUUCCCCGCGACCCCGGCGGCGCCCCCGGGCCCGCCCCCGCCGCCCCCGCUCCCACCUCGGCGUCUCGUCUCUCGCCUGCCGCCCCGCGAGCCCACGGCCCCGGGGCUCCCGCCAUCCGCCAACGCCGGGAGGCCGGCCUCCCCGCGCCCUGCCCUCCGCGUCGGGGGCCGCCCGCCGCAGACACGGGACCUGCUUCGAGGCUGCUUUGGCGCCAAAUCCUGAGGUACCACGGACACAGACCUCUCGGCCGGAAUCUCCAGGGAUGACCAGCCCCUCCCCGCGCAUCCAGAUAAUCUCUACCGACUCUGCGGUAGCUUCACCUCAGCGAAUUCAGAUUGUAACAGACCAGCAGACAGGACAGAAGAUCCAGAUAGUCACCGCAGUGGACGCCUCCGGAUCCCCCAAGCAGCAGUUCAUCCUGACCAGCCCAGAUGGAGCUGGAACUGGGAAGGUGAUCCUGGCUUCCCCGGAGACAUCCAGUGCCAAGCAGCUCAUAUUCACCACCUCGGACAACCUCGUCCCGGGCAGGAUCCAGAUCGUCACGGAUUCUGCUUCUGUGGAGCGCUUGCUGGGUAAGGCCGACGUCCAGCGGCCGCAGGUGGUAGAGUACUGUGUGGUCUGUGGCGACAAAGCCUCUGGCCGGCACUAUGGGGCUGUCAGUUGUGAAGGUUGCAAAGGUUUCUUCAAAAGGAGUGUAAGGAAAAAUCUGACCUACAGCUGCCGGAGCAACCAAGACUGUAUCAUCAAUAAACACCACCGGAACCGCUGUCAGUUUUGCCGGCUGAAGAAAUGCUUAGAGAUGGGCAUGAAAAUGGAAUCUGUGCAGAGUGAACGGAAGCCCUUUGAUGUACAACGGGAGAAACCAAGCAAUUGUGCUGCUUCAACUGAGAAAAUCUAUAUCCGGAAGGACCUGAGAAGUCCUCUGAUAGCCACUCCCACAUUUGUGGCAGAUAAAGACGGAGCAAGACAAACAGGUCUUCUUGAUCCAGGGAUGCUUGUGAACAUCCAACAGCCUUUGAUACGUGAGGAUGGUACAGUUCUCCUGGCCACGGAUUCCAAGGCUGAAACAAGCCAGGGAGCUCUGGGUACACUGGCAAAUGUAGUAACCUCUCUUGCCAACUUAAGUGAAUCCCUGAACAAUGGUGACACUUCGGAAAUGCAGCCGGAGGACCAGUCUGCGAGUGAGAUUACUCGGGCAUUUGAUACCUUAGCUAAAGCACUUAAUACCACAGACAGCUCCUCACCUCCAAGCCUAGCAGAUGGGAUAGACGCCAGUGGUGGAGGGGGCAUCCAUGUCAUCAGCAGAGACCAGUCCACACCCAUCAUCGAGGUCGAAGGGCCCCUCCUUUCAGACACUCAUGUCACAUUUAAGCUCACGAUGCCCAGCCCGAUGCCAGAGUACCUCAACGUGCACUACAUCUGCGAGUCAGCAUCCCGCCUGCUUUUCCUCUCCAUGCACUGGGCCAGGUCAAUCCCAGCCUUUCAGGCACUUGGGCAGGACUGCAACACCAGCCUGGUGCGGGCCUGCUGGAACGAGCUCUUCACCCUCGGCCUGGCCCAGUGUGCCCAGGUCAUGAGUCUCUCCACUAUCCUGGCAGCCAUUGUCAACCACCUGCAGAACAGCAUCCAGGAAGAUAAACUUUCUGGAGACCGGAUAAAGCAAGUCAUGGAGCAUAUCUGGAAGCUUCAGGAGUUCUGUAAUAGUAUGGCGAAGCUGGAUAUAGACGGCUAUGAGUAUGCAUACCUUAAAGCUAUAGUUCUCUUUAGCCCUGAUCAUCCAGGUUUGACCAGCACAAGCCAGAUUGAAAAAUUCCAAGAAAAGGCACAGAUGGAAUUGCAGGACUAUGUUCAGAAAACCUACUCAGAAGACACCUACCGAUUGGCCCGGAUUCUCGUUCGCCUGCCGGCACUCAGGUUGAUGAGCUCCAAUAUAACAGAAGAACUUUUUUUCACUGGUCUCAUUGGCAAUGUGUCGAUAGACAGCAUAAUCCCCUACAUCCUCAAGAUGGAGACAGCAGAGUACAACGGCCAGAUCACCGGAGCCAGCCUAUAGUGCGCACCACAUGCCUGCAGAGAAGCAAAAGGAUCCUCCCAGGACCACUCGGAUACAGAGAAAAUAAAGUAGUGGUAUUUUGGUAUGUGCAAAUAUUUCCAGUAUGUUAGCCAUUUCCUACCUGGUUUCUUCUUAUCUGUUAAUCCCAGACAAUAGCAACUAAAAGACUAGUAGGAUCCUUUCCUGCCAUAAGAAAUGUUUUAAUGCCUUUUGAUGAAGCAGAUUUUGGAACAAUCUUUUAACCCAGUUUGUAUUUAGAAAUCCUCAAAGGGCAAAAAACAGAGUUUUAUAAUGUCAGAGACUAGUAUUAAAACAAAAAGAACCU